AUGCGCAGUCACUCAUUUCAGUCACUCAUUACUCUCUCUUCCCUGCUUUCCGCCACGGCUCUCGGCCAUGUUGUCGGCCGGAACGCCACCGCUCCCGUCGACAGCGGCAAGCCUGUGACCGUCUGGGUUCACAGCACCGUGACCACCUGCCCGACGCCCCCGCCCGUCCUGUGCUCCAGCACCGGCAGUAGCGGUGGCAGUGGCAGCGGCACCAGCACCGUGAACUACAACACCACGAGCAAGGUCACCGUCUCCUCGACCUCGACCGUCCGCGUCUGCUCGACUUGCAGCAGCGCCCAGACCACCACCUCGGGCGGCUCCUCCAUCGUCUACCCCACCACCACCGGCCCGUACACCAACUCGACCGUCUCGAGCUCCUCCACUCGGUCGUCCAACGGCACCACCACCAGCGUCCCGACCACGACGUCGGCUCCUACGAGCAGCGCCUCGUCUUCGUCUUCGUCCUCGACGAGCAUCUCUUCUACGUCGACCUCGAUCGCCGCCCCGGCCUGCACCGACUACUGGCUGUCCAAGAUCAAGCACCAGGGCUACGCCCCCUAUGCCGACAGCCCGAGCACCUACCAGGUCUUCCGCAACGUCAAGGACUACGGCGCCAAGGGCGAUGGUUCCACCGAUGAUGCCGAUGCCAUCAACAAGGCUAUUGGCGACCAGGGCCGCUGCACUCCCGGCAAGUGCAACACUACCUCGACCACGCCCGCUCUCAUCUACUUCCCUCCGGGCACCUACGUCAUCUCCAAGCCCAUCCUCAACGCUUACCUGACGAGUGUCGUGGGCAACCCCGAGUGCAUGCCCGUCAUCAAGGGCAGCAGCAGCUUCCGGGGCGCCUGGCUCUUUGACGGCAACCAGUACGGCAUUGGCCCCAACGGCGGUCCGGCGUGGCUCGCCACCAACGUCUUCUGGCGCCAGGUCCGCAACUUUGUCUUUGAUCUGACCGAGCUGGGCGACCCCAGCCAGGCCAUUGCCGGCAUCCACUGGACCACCUCGCAGGCCACCUCCCUCCAGAACAUCGUCUUCAAGCUGUCCACGGCGCCCGGCAACAAGCAGAUCGGCGUGGCCAUCAACGAGGGCUCGGGUGGCUACCUCGGCGAUCUGGUCUUCAACGGCGGCGCCCAGGGCAUGGCCGUUGGCAACCAGCAGUUCACCAUGCGCAACCUGACCUUCAACGGCUGCGCCACCGCCAUCAAGCAGGCCUGGGACUGGGGCUGGACCUACAAGGGCGUCAGCAUCAACAACUGCCAGGUCGGCUUGGACAUGAGCAACGUCGACGCCAAGACUGGCAGGCUGCCCGUCGGCUCCGUUGUCUUCAUCGACAGCGAGAUCAACAACACCCCUGUCGGUAUCCUCGUCGGCAACACUGACACGACUCAGCCGGCGGCCGCCAACAGCCUGGUUCUUGAGAAUGUUCGCCUCAACAACGUGGCCACCGCUAUCCAAGGGCCCAACAAGAAGACCCUUCUUGGCGGCUCCUCUGGCCAGUCGACCAUCGCCGGCUGGGCCCAGGGCCAUGCUUACACUCCCACCGGGCCCAACAAGAUCCAGGGCCCCAUCUCCCCCAACGCCCGGCCCGGCAGCCUGACCUCGGGCACCGACUUCUACGAGCGCUCCAAGCCACAGUACGAGAAGCUGCCCGUGUCUCAGUUUGUCAGCGUUCGCGAUGCCGGCGCCAAGGGCGACGGCAGCACCGAUGACACGGCCGCCAUCAACAAGGCCAUCGCUCAGGCCACCGCCGCCGGCAAGGUUGUCUUCUUCGACUGGGGUAUGUAUGUCGUCACCAGCACCGUCGAGGUCCCGGCCGGUGCUCGCAUCGUUGGUGAGGCCUAUCCCAUCAUCGUCUCGUCCGGCGCCUUCUUCAGCAGCAUGGACAACCCCAAGCCCGUCGUCCAGAUCGGCAAGGCCGGCGACGUCGGCUCCAUCGAGUGGUCCGAGAUGAUUGUCAGCACGCGGGGCGCCCAGGCCGGCGCCGUCCUGAUCGAGUACAACCUGGCUUCGCCGGCCAGCCAGCCCUCGGGCAUCUGGGACGUGCACACGCGCAUCGGCGGCUUCAAGGGCUCGGACCUGCAGCUCGACAAGUGCCCCAAGACGCCCAACACCCAGAUCACGUCGGCCAACCUCGCGACGGACUGCAUCGCCGCCUACAUGAGCAUGCACGUCACCAAGCAGUCGAGCGGCCUGUACGUGGAGAACGUCUGGCUGUGGGUUGCCGACCACGACGUCGAGGACAACCAGACGCGCCAGAUCACCAUCUACGCGGGCCGCGGCCUGCUCGUCGAGAGCCAGGUCGGCAACGUGUGGCUGGUGGGCACGGGCGUGGAGCACCACGUCCUGUACGAGUACCAGUUCGUCAACACCAAGGACGUCUUCAUCGCCCAGGCGCAGACGGAGACGGCCUACUACCAGCCCAACCCGGACGCGCGCAUCCCCUUCCCGCCGGUGGCCGCGCUGUCGGACCCCGUCUUCGCCGCGGGCGAGAGCGGCUGGGGCGUCCGCGUCGUCGACUCGAGCAACGUGCUCGUUUACGGCGCCGGACUGUACAGCUUCUUCAGCAACAACGACCUGAGCUGCUCGCAGGAGGGCAACGGCGAGACGUGCCAGAAGCGGACGCUGUCGAUCGAGGGCAGGAGCAGCGUGUCUGUCUACAACCUCAACACCGUGGGCACGACCAAGAUGAUCACGGUGGACGGCACCGACGUGGCUAGCUACCAGGACAACCUCAACGGCUUCGUCGACACCGUCGCGCUCUUCCGCAACUAG